AAUGUUGUCGUGGGUGUACAGGCACAAGGGCAAGUUUCUCGUGCUUGGAGCAGCCGUUGCAGGGAGCUAUGUUGGCGGACGGUGGCUGCUGAAUAAGACGAGUGAGCUGCAGGAGAAAAGACGGAGCUCUGAACUAGAGGAAGCCAGGCUCCAGAAACACUGUGAGAAUCACUGCAAAACUUGCCUCUCAGCAGUUGUGUGUCUUCUGCCGCGACUGAAGGAAGCAGUGCAGGCACAGCUGGAUGCAGAGAGCAUCACGGAGCAACUGAGGAGCAAAUCAGCUGGAAAAGUGCCAUUGUGGGAGAACCUGAAGAUAGUCUGUUUUGCCCGUGUGAUUGUUGGUGUGUACCUGUGCUGUGCACUCUCCGCAUUCUUGAGAAUUCAACUCAGCAUUCUCGGAGGAGAACUCUCCCUCUUACAUAGAGACCAGGCAUGUGAUGAAGGCUCCCUUGCUCAGCAGCAGUACCUGAGAUCAGCUCAGCACCUCAUGAGAGAAGGACUGGAGGCGCUGGUGGGGCGAGUUAGAAAGGCUGCAGAAACAGUUCUACUGAGCUACUCUCUGAAACACCAGCUGACAGCUGAGGGGGUGGGGCAACUUCUGAGCGACAUACACUCUCUCUCCUCUUCUCAUAGACCCACCAACAGUUCUAAAGGUGUCUGUCAGACUUCAUUCCUCGUUCAGUUUCUUCUUCCCAGGGACCAGUCAUUUCAGGUAUAUACCCACGUGCAAGUCUCCAUGUGGUUCUCUUCCCUCUCUCUAGUCACCAGAAGAGACAUCAGGUGCAGCAUACUCUGCCAGGGACAUUAUUGAGAGUGCGGAAUUCUCGAUGGUACUGGAGAGAUGUGUGAAUCAGACUUUCUCUCUCAUGUGCUGCCAGAUCUCAGACAUUCACCACUCAGCUGCCCAGAGGUAUAUACAGGCUCCGUCUACUGUGUGUGUCUCUGCUAACUUGUCUCUUACUCCCUGCUAGUGAGACAACACUGCCAGUUGCCAGAGUGAUACCCCUGAUUAGUGACAUGUUUGACUUCAUAUUUUCCUCCCACCACGACAGUCUUACCCAGAGAGUGCUAGCAACUCCAGAACUGCAGAAACUCUCCAGGAACAUUUUUGAGGCAUUCAGCCGACCAUCAGAAUAACACGAGUCAUUUCACUCUCCUUUUAUCACUGUUGUCUGCAUUUCUGAUGAAGCGAAGCAAGCGGUUUGAUUUUUCACACGUACAGUAUUACGAUCAGCAUAAUAUCACUGUUCCUGGAGAAAUGUAGUUUUUUUUAUCAAACAAUCUAUGUAGUGAUGCAUUUAAUACAUAA